ACUUCACUCGAGGAAGUGAGUUGAAGAGGAAACUUCAGCGGUGGAGAGGAGUUCGAUGUUUAUUCCUCGCUCACAAAGGAUUAAAUAACCAGGAGCAUUUUUAAACAUGUCGCAUUUUGAUGACAACCCAUUUGCCGAGCCCGCUGGUGUCAACCCUUUCAACGACCCAGCUGUCACCCAGGUGACAAACUCCAGCAUAGAACCAAUUGAUCAGUACAACCCUUUCCCUGCCACAACCCUGGCAAGUCAGACCACUCCAGCCUCCACCCAGCCCUACCAGCCGGCAGUGUUGCAGCCUUCUUCUUCAGAGCUCAGUCCACAGGCGGCUGCCACUGCAGCACAGACCAACCUGCUGAGGCAGCAGGAGGAGCUGGAGAGAAAAGCUGCUGAGCUGGACCGCAGAGAGCAGGCACUCCAGAAUCGAGGCUCAGGGAAAGAAAACAACUGGCCUCCGCUUCCGAAAAGUUUUCCCAUUAAGCCGUGUUUUUAUCAAGACUUCUCAGAGGAAAUCCCGACUGAGUACCAGAGAGUGUGCAAGAUGAUGUACUACCUUUGGAUGUUCAACUGUGUGGCGCUGUUCCUCAACAUGCUGGCUUGUCUAGCCAUGUUCAUCGCGGCUCUUUCUAACGGCACGGAUUUUGGCCUCUCCAUCCUCUGGCUCAUCCUCUUCGCUCCCUGCUCCUUCCUCUGCUGGUACCGGCCCGUCUACAAGGCCUUCAAGACUGACAGCUCCUUCAGCUUCUUCUUCUUCUUCUUUGUCUUUUUCUGCCAAGUGGUUAUCUUCAUCAUCCAGGCUGUGGGAAUCCCCAAGUGGGGAAACAGUGGUUGGAUCGCCGCCUUCUCAGUCAUCAGCAGCAACAAGGCAGUGGGUGCCAUCAUGAUUAUUGUGGCCAUCCUCUUCACCUUCUGUGCUGUGAUAUCUGUCAUCCUCCUCAAGAUGGUUCACAGCAUGUACCGCCGGACUGGGGCUAGCUUCCAGAAAGCCCAGCAGGAGUUCUCCCAGGGCAUCUUCACCAACAAAACAUUCCAAACUGCAGCUGCCGGUGCAGCAUCCUCCGCGGCCCAGGGAGCCUUCCAGGGAAACAACUAGGCGUUUCCUUGCUAAGCUAAUAGAACAGGGCAAGGUCUGCAAAUCAUCAGGUGAGGGUUGAUUAAGUGAGAAACAUAUAGAAGUCAGGAGAUAUUCUGACUUCAGUUAGAAAUCCAACCUUAUAAUAUGUCGACCUUGAGCAAGAUGGGGCUGCACUCAUAGACCUCAAUCCCUCCGCCUGCACCCCCACCAUUAUUUUGAAGUGAAAACCACACUAGGUGCAUUGUGGGUGGAGCAUGUGAGAGACGUUGACUGAUGAUUUCACUUCGUCUUGGCUUUGUAUAUUUUGUGUGCACUUUUUGGCGAUGCUAUCUUCAGUGUAACGAACUGAGUACAUCCAUGCAACCACAUGCAACUAUGCAUGUGUGUGGCGUGUUUUUUUUUCCUUUUUCUUCGUGUCAUUGAUUGGCCAUUUGAAAAGUCUUCAUUGCUUCACAUAUUUCAUGUCUAAUGGAGAAGAACUACUGCGUACUUUAGAAAUUCUAAUACUGUCAUUUCAAGUUGGCCUUGCCUUAUGAGUUGUACAAAACAGUAAACGUCAUAUUUAAAUAAUAAAUAUCCCUCAAACUCGGCAAAAACAUGAAAUGUUAAUGCUUAAACACACUGCAUCAAUUUCAAAUCGCUUGCUACCAUAUGAGGUUGUUGGCUUAAAAUCAUGACAAAGAAAACUUUCAAUAUUAGUUGUGGAAACUCAGUUUGAUGUACCUUUUGCAUUUUUACUCUCCAUUUACAAUUCAAAAAUAACACUUUGUCUAUGGAUGUAUAUUUUCUAUUCGGUUUCUCACUGAAUAAAUGGUUAAUAUGAGAUGUAUCACAUUACAAAAUUGCUCCAGCUUCCAGAAUGUUUUGCCUUAAUUUUUACUGCUUCAAAGAACAGACAUCAGUGCCUUUGUUGUUAAAGAUGUACAGUAGCGUCUUAUAAUAAAAUGCUUGCCUUUCAAUACUCGAUGGAGC